AUGAGCCACACUUUUCUUAUCGAUGAUAGGCAAGUUGCCAAAAUUUUGUCGGAUUUGAAUCCGUACAAUUUACGCUAUCUUAUCUACAUGGUGACACCUAAUGAAACUAUUUAUACUAAUGUGGACGACAUACCAAAUUUUUUCAUAGAUCCGCGAUUAGAGAUGGUAAAUGCGGAUUUAUUGGCGCUCGCUUACUGCCGAGUAAAGCCUGAUGGCAUGUUUGAACGGACCACAGAAAAUCUUGUGAUGAACCCUAAAAGUUGCUAUACUGGUGUACUUUUCAUAGAGCCGAAUUUCUUCUAUCACGUAAUGCCAGCACCUAUAAUAAUUGGUGGUCGCUUUAUUUCGAUGACGUUGUAUCCCAUACUGUACGACAAACUGCAUCUUAUAGACUUGCCAAAUGACUCAGCAUUUGUAUGGAUACUGUGCUUUUUCGUACAGGAUUUCACCUUCUACCUCGGUCAUCGAGCUAUACAUGAAGCUGGUAUAUUCUGGUCCUUUCAUCAAAUGCAUCAUUCUUCCGAGUACUACAAUCUUGGCGUCGCUCUACGCAUGUCAGCCGUGCAGGACUUUGGAAUGAUGUUUGUCGACUUGCCACAAGCUUUGCUCCUACCACCAAAUAUGUUCAUCGUUCACCGCUACCUCAUUGUUAUCUAUCAAUUCUGGCUCCAUUCCAAU